AUGCGCGUUGUGACGAACAAGGCUCCGAGUGAUACGGGCGAUCCGGGCGUAGGAAGUGGAUCACUCGAGGGCCUCAUCAACGGCACUCUAUGGGCUCGUAUCACAUAUAAGCACCUUUUGGGCGGGUCUGCAGCCUGUGCUGCCACUGGUGUUGGCUACAAGUUGUGA